CUAAGCAAGUGAACUUGCAGUUGUAAUGGCUGUCCACGUCUUCGCAGUUGUUCCAUUCGCAAAUUGAACGCCACCGCGAACGCAUCUCGUCGCCGCAACAAACUAACAGUGAAGACAACUAAUAGAAAAGUUUAUAAACAAAAGAAAUCGAGAGCUUAAAAAAACUCAGAGAUCUUCAGCAUGGCACUGCGUGGUGCGAAUGUGAUUUGGUUUCGACAUGGCCUCCGUCUCCACGAUAACCCAGCGAUGCUGGCGGCACUGUCCAACAAAGAUCUCGGCGUCGCAUUGAUACCCAUAUUCAUAUUCGAUGGCGAGAGCGCGGGCACUAAAAAUGUUGGCUACAAUCGAAUGCGCUUCUUGCUGGACUCGUUGCAGGACAUCGAUAGGCAGUUGCAGGAGGCGACCGAAGGACGCGGUGGUCUGCUCAUAUGCCAAGGCCAGCCUGUGCAAAUCUUUCGGCGUCUGCAUUAGCACGUGCGUCUCCACAAGAUCUGUGUGGAGCAGGAUUGCGAACCCAUCUGGAACGAGCGCGACGAAGCAACGAAGAACCUUUGCCGCGACCUGGGCAUCGAGUAUGUGGAAAAGGUAUCGCACACACUAUGGGAUCCACGCACGGUCAUCGAUACGAACGGAGGCAUUGCUCCACUGACCUAUCAGAUGUUCCUACACACAGUACAGAUUAUUGGACUGCCGCCAAGGCCAGUGCGAGACCCGCACUUUGAAGGCGUCAGCUUUGUGCAGCUGUCGCCGGAACUGCGCAAUGAUAUUGGCUGCUUUGAGAUGAUUCCAACACCGGAGCACUUCAAUGUAUACAGUGACAAUAUGGGCUACCUGGCCAAAAUCAACUGGGUCGGCGGCGAGACGCAGGCGUUGCUGCUGCUCGGUGAGCGGCUCAAAGUGGAGCAGCAUGCCUUCGAACGUGGUUACUAUCUGCCCAACCAGGCCAUGCCCAACAUUCUGGAUACGCCGAAAUCGAUGAGCGCCCAUUUACGAUUUGGCUGCCUGUCCGUGCGCAGAUUUUAUUGGUGCAUGCACGAUCUCUUCAAGAAUGUUCAGUUGCGCGCCUGCGUCCGUGGCGUCCAAAUGUCUGGCGGCGCUCACAUUACCGGGCAGCUGAUAUGGCGUGAAUAUUUCUACACGAUGUCGGUGAACAAUCCACAAUACGAUCGCAUGGAGGGCAACGAGAUUUGCCUAAGCAUACCGUGGGCGAAGCCAGAUGCCGAUCAAUUGCAACGCUGGCGCCUCGGCCAAACCGGCUUCCCACUGAUCGAUAGUGCGAUGCGGCAACUGCUAGCCGAGGGCUGGCUGCAUCACACGCUGCGCAACACGGUGGCCACGUUCCUCACACGUGGCGGUCUCUGGCAGAACUGGGAGUUCGGCCUUCAGCACUUUCUCAAGUAUCUGCUGGAUGCCGAUUGGUCGGUAUGUGCUGGCAAUUGGAUGUGGGUCUCCAGCUCGGCCUUCGAGCGGCUGCUCGACUCCUCGCUGGUCACCUGUCCCGUGGCGCUGGCCAAGCGACUCGAUCCCAAUGGCCAAUAUAUCAAGCAGUACGUGCCAGAGCUACAGCAUGUGCCUAAGGAGUUCAUUCAUGAACCGUGGCUAAUGUCAGCUGAUCAGCAGAAGCGCUACGAGUGCUUAAUUGGGGUCCAUUAUCCAGAUCGCAUUAUUGAUCUAUCGCUGGCGUCGAAGCGGAAUAUGCUGGCAAUGAAGGCGUUGCGCAACUCCCUCAUUGAGCCGCCGCCGCAUUGCCGGCCCUCCAAUGAGGAGGAGGUGCGUCAAUUCUUUUGGCUGGCCGACUGAAGAGAUCUCAGGCCAAUUAUUUAUCCAAGUGUAUCUGUGUUUUAAUUUCGUAUACCAACAAAAAAUAUAUAUCUAUAUAUA